GCUCUUCCUCGUCCAAAAAUAGAGGCUCACGCGGAAACACGGCCAGCCUGUCUGUUUAGACCGGUCCUAGUGAGAAAUGAGCAGGCUCGGAUAAAUACACCUUUAAGAGGGGGCAUGAGGAGCGGUUUCAGUACCAGGACUCGGACUCGGUGCCUGUUUGCGCUGUCAGGGAAUUCCGGGGCCGUGCAGUGACGUCACGUGUGCGUGCUCCUCUGUUUCCUUGUGCGUGUGUCUGAGCGUGCGUGGCUCUGUCCCUUUAAAACAGAGCUCAGCGCAAUCCGAUCCCCGCCUGCUGCCUGCCUGCCUGCCUGUCUGUGUGUGGAGCAAAGGAGAAAAGGAGCUCGAAGCAGAGAGACGACACCAACACGAGCUUUCGCCUGACGGUGAAGGAAUAUCCGUGAGGGAGAGUACAGACCGGACCGAGCCUUUCUGAGACCCUAGAGGGGCGCUUCGGCCAUCAGGAAGCUCAAGUUUGAUGGUUUUUCUAGAGGAAGACUAACGAGGAUUACGGAGCUACCGCUGCUCCCCGCUCGGCCGGCUAGUCGGGAAUUUGUUUGCAGACUCGGAGCUCCAAACUUACGGAUAAAGAGACAGUAACGGCUUCCGUUUCCACCUGGGAUUAAGACUCAAGUACAUGUUGGAUAUUUUUGUCUCUGUUUCGGCUUUUAAACCCCCUUCUUCAGUGAACGGGCUGAGGAGACCACUGUGAGAUGACUGGCAGCCAAAGCUGACUUCACACUACUGUGAAUUAAAAACUUGGUGCUACUCUAAAAGCCGGCGGGCUUUUAGACUCUUGGUGCUCGAGCCAGAAAUCCCCACAGUCCCUGUAUUCUCUGCAUUGGAGUGAGGCCCUCUCUGUGCUGCAGUGGAGGGCUUCACAGACGCCGCUAGUUUGGCUGGAUGCAUCACGCAGUAGAGCAGUUUGGUGGGCGUGGCACGCGGGAUUCCUUCCCUCUGGAUGGACUGAACCGGGGACCAUGGGCUCCUGUGGGCAGCCGCACCUGGCAACCACCUGCCAGGUGUCCGCCUGGAAUAAACCAACACCAGCUCCUCUCCCAUCUACCUCCUGGUCCUAUCAGUGGACUGAAUCAUCCUAGUAAAUUCUUUAGUAAUGGGCCCAUGAGAGGAGCUGAGAAGCUUGAGCUCCCACAGCCAAUGUUACCAGGUGUGCAUAGGGAGCAACAGAGACCUCAUCCUCAUCUUCAUCCUCCCCCUCCCCACAGAGCAUGGGAGCAGCUGGGGCAGCUUUAUGAUCCCCACCUCCCUCCUCAAGGACACUCUGUAAUGCCCAUUCACAGUGAGCCCUCACUUCGUCUCCAUAAUGGGGGCUUUGCCGGUGGUGGUGGGCUUCCCCACAACGCCCACCAUCCUCCCAGCAGGCCAAACCAACUGCAGAAAUUUGGGGGUCCUCAGGAGCAACAUGUCCCCCGGGGUCCACCACUGCUGGGAAAUGAAAUGUGGGCUCAGGUGCACCAGCAGAGGGGCUACCCAGGAAAGAUGCUAGGAGGUCAACUGAAAAGACCUGGUCCUCCAUUAGGAGAGCACUCUGUAAUCCAACACACUCCUUCACCAUCACUACACCUGUCCUCCCGCCCACCUGCGGAGGACUGUCCCAGCCCCAGCAAGAGGAAAAGGAAUUCAGAUCAGGUACCACACCCUGGACUCCAGAGUUUCCCAGGAUCUGGCCAGUCCUUUUUCUCCUCACAGCAGUCAUCGGUCCAACACCACUCUCCAAAACCUACCUUCUGGAACCCUCUUCACAAGAACAGCAGCACUCCCUGGCAGCAAGACUGCAAGAACCAGACAUCGCAGGAGUUCCAGGAAACCAACAAACAUGGAAUGAGCAGCUACACUCAGAAGUCCCCACCCUCCUCUUCUACCCCUUCAAACCUUUCUCCUACAACGCACUCAUCCCCAGGGAGCUACAACCAAGGACGUGCACCUCAGCUCCAGAAAGACACAUUCCAACCUCAAGCUGUGAACCAGCAGUCCCCUCAUUCUUCUUACCCCAGUCCAAGCUCCAAGCUGGGGCUAAUUUCACCCUGUCAGGCAGUGGAGCCCCACGGUCAUAACAACCAGAGAGUCCCUCCCUUAGGGAGCCAAGGUGGCAGCCAAGCUACCUCUCACGCAGCAUCUACCCCAAAAAGGGGAGCCAGAGAUCCACACCUAAAUGCCCAUGUGACACCAGCAACCCCUUCUGCAACCAGCAACAGCAGCAGUGUGCCUUACAGCCACUUCCAGCCUCACCCAGGGCUGGGGUUCCAGGGUCCUCCUCCACUGCCUCCUGCCAGCAGCACCUCAGUACCUCAGCAGCAGCAAAGUGGGCCUCAUGAGGCCUGGAGAUAUCAGAGGAGACUAAGCACCCAGUCCUUAGAGUCGGGCGCCUACACAGGUCCAGGUCUGCUACCUCAGCACCAGCAGAGCCACAAUCAGGUCAUGGACAGUCAGGUUUCGGGGACCUCCCGACGCCAACAUCACGUCAGUCCUCCUCUGCCCCAGAUGAUCCCCACACGAACCCCUGUCAUCACUCCCAAUCUUCCUGUAUCCCAAGGCUCCUGCUCCAUUAGCAGAACCAGCUCAGGAGGUCCAGCUAUGGAAGGUGCAUCCACGCACACCACAGCCCCCCCUGGUGGUUGCUCUGCAAAUAACGGCAGCAGUAGUAAGAGUCAGCAAAGAGGAGAGGAGCCAGUAUCCCAAACUUCAACCAUCAGCAUCACUAGUCCCAGCCCUCACCUGGAUUCACUCCUGCAGCCAGGAUGUCAAAGAGGCCAAACUAUCACUGCCAACCAGCCUCACCAACAGGGUCUGCCCAGACCUAAACAAACCACCAUGAAGUCCCAACCCACCAAGGCAAAGACCUCAUUCUACUCUCAGGCUGAACAGGAGCAACCUCCUGCAUUUUCCUCGUCUUCUCUGUUCUCUCCAGGGCACCAUAGGGCAGGAGAAAGUGUGAUCACGAGCAGAGUUGUAAACCCUCUUCCUGGAUCUCCUUCUACAGCUUCACCCUCCAGCCUUCAACCCCUCUCAGCAGCCAAGGCUGCCCUUCAGCCCCCAAAUCCAGCCCUCUUCUCCCAGACACAGGUGUACUCUCAGCCCAAGAUUCAUCCUUCAGCUCCCACCUCUGUCCCUCAGUCCAUCGAGGAGGCCUUAGACAAGCUCGACGCAGAGCUCGAGGACCACAUGCAAGCGGUGGAAAAGAGGAAGAAAGACCGAGAGGAGCACGAGAGAAAAACGAGAGAAGAGGAGAGAAAAAAGAGAGAGUGGGAGAGACAGGAAGAGGAGCGGAAAAGGAGAGAAUGGGAGAGACAGGAAGAGGAGCGGAAAAGGAGAGAAUGGGAGAGACAGGAAGAGGAGCGGAAAAGGAGAGAAUGGGAGAGACAGGAAGAGGAACGGAAAAGGAGAGAAUGGGAGAGACAGGAAGAGGAGCGGAAAAAGAGAGAAUGGGAGAGACAGGAAGAGGAGCGGAAAAGGAGAGAAUGGGAGAGACAGGAAGAGGAGCGGAAAAGGAGAGAAUGGGAGAGACAGGAAGAGGAGAGGAAAAAGAAAGAAUGGGAGAGACAGGAAGAGGAGAGGAAAAAGAAAGAAUGGGAGAGACAGGAAGAGGAGCGGAAAAGGAGAGAGUGGGAGAGGGAAAGAAAGAGGAGUGAAUGGGAAAAGCAGCAGGAGGAGGAGAGAAAGAAGAGAGAGCUGGAGAGGCAGGAGGAAGAAAGACAGAAACAAUGCGAUCGUCAGAGGAAAGAGGAGAAAAGGAGGAUUGAACAAAAGAGGGAGGAGGAGAUCUCUAUCACUAAAGGCAAAGAGCAGACAGCUAUUGAAAACCUGGAAAGACUGCUCUCUGUCAGCUCCUCCCCAUCACCUCCACCUUCGCACCUGUCUUCAGUUACUGCACCUCCGUCAGGUCCCUCACCCCCGAGCACCCAGGCUUCACUCCCCUACCCCUGGCUAAGCCGCGGCGGCACGCUCCCAUGCCCCCCAGGCCAAGCUCCCACUGUCCCUCCUGUAGAGAGGCUGCGACCGCCCCCCCUCACACCUCAGACAGAGUAUGCCAGAGAAAAGCAGAGACAGAGAGAGAUGUCGAGCAACAAUGGCAGAACAACUCUCAGUCCUUCAUCAACCCAAAAUACCUCAGGGAUGCACCUGUCUUUAAACCCCAACAAGCCCCCUGCAAUGCAAGCUGCACCCAACCCAUCCAAAGAUUUAGCCAAGAAGAGAGAUGGCAGCCAGCAGCCUUUACCUAACUUAGCCCUUCGAGAGCCCCCCAAACUCUACCAGGCUUUUCCCAGGGAGAACCUGCCAAAACCACCUUUAUCCUCCACCUCCAGCACACGGGAAGUCCUCAACAAACAGCUGACAAAUAGGAGUGACAGCAGUUCUGGCGCUGACUCAGACAGUGCUCAGUUUGAGGAGGAGCCUUCAGAGUUGUCCACCAUGCUCCCUGAUGGUCUGGCUAACAUCAUGGCCAUGCUGGAUGAAUCCAUCAAGAAGGAAGAAGAGAUGUACAACAGUCAAAAGACUGGGUCAGCAAGUCCUCCCGAUAGCUUUUCUCAGAGUAUCCCUCCGAUGAAAAGCUACCUGUGUGCCCCAGACCUUAUCCCAGCAACAAAGCACCAGCCCAACCAGGAGGAUUUUGGAUCAAAUCCACACGCAAGCCCUCCUGUGCUCAGUCGCCAAGGUUCUCUUGCAUCCCCAUGCAGUAGAACGUCUUCACUGAAUGAGGAAGAUGAGGACUACCUGAAAGCUUCCCAGACUGUUCUUGAACCUAAACAGCCGUCGGACAUUGGAAUAGGCGUAGGCAACACCAACUAUCGCCACAGCGACCUUGCAAAGCUUUAUGGUCUGCCAGAGCAGAGUAAAAGUGAGGCUGAUGAGGAGGAAGAUGAAGAAGAUUCUGAGACCCCAUCCUGUUCUCCACCACCCCAAAGGCCCCACCUUCACCAGACAGGUGUAAACAGCAUGUUUAAAUCCCUAGCAACAAUCCUAGAGAGCCAGAAGUACGCUUACCGUGGCGGGCCGUUUGGAAGACCCCCUCCAUCAGCACUGGUGGGUGUCAAAUACUCUUCCUCACUCUCUCUCGGCCCUGACAUCUGUCGCCAGCAGCAAGGCAGCUCUCCAAUGUCAGAUUCAAACAAUCCCCCAGUCAGUCCAACUGUCCCUCCACUGAAGUCCUCCUCUCUGUCUGAGCUGGAGGACAAGAAACUAAAACUAGAGGAUGCUGAUGUCUGGAGAGACGAGGAAGACUCCAGCCAAAAGGAAGGCAUCCCUACCAUUAGCCUUAUUAAAGUAGUGAAGGAGGAGCAACAGCUGACUACCAUCUCUGAAUCCUCCUUUGCAGAGCUGGGAAAAAGCUGUGAAGUCAUCCUCAGUCGACAGUGUCUUCCUGAUCUGAGCUUGGAGAAGUCCAACGGCAAAAUGGAGGGCAGACACAAACCGGAGAAGGUGAAGGAGCACAGGAAAGACAGGAGCAGGGAUAAAGACCGGGACAAGGAGAGAGAGAAGAAGAGGAAGCACAGCCACAGCCAUAGCAGCAGCAUGAAGCAUGAGGAGAGGAAAGAGAAGAAGAAGCAUAAAGAAAAGACGGAGGAGAUGGCCUUUUCCAUUUCUCUAUCAUCUUCAUCCUCUUCUUCUACUCAUUCCACUUCUAGCCACAGGCGGCACAAGGAUGGCAAGAGCCAUAAAGAAAAGAAGGAUCGGAGAAUUCUUGGUGACCUCAACCUGCAGAGCAAGGAGGGGUAUGAGAAGAACUGGAGCGAUCAUUUCCUGGAUAAGAAGAAACGCAAGGAGGUUUCUGGUUCAGGCUCCUCCAGUAAAGGAGAGCAAGCCGAGUGGGCAUCGAGAAGCUCUGCAGAAAAAUCCUCCGAGCACAAAAAGUUCUCCGAAUCCUGCUCUUCAUUGGGCUCAACGGACUUCCUGAAACUUAAGGCUCUGUCAGACGGGCCACCCAAGGAGCUGAAGAUCCGUCUGAUUAAGGUGGAGAGUGGGGACAGGGAGACGUUCAUCGCCUCUGAGGUGGAGGAGAAAAGGAUCCCGCUGGAGGAAAUCAGCAUCAAGAACAGUGCGAGUGAAAUCAUCCGGUCCUGCAAGGGAGCCAGAGUGAAAGGGAAGUUCAGAGAAUCAUACUUGCUCCCAGCCUUCUCUGUGAAGCCCAUCAUGACCUCAGAGGAACCGAUUCCCAGAGAGAAAUUAAACCCUCCCACACCCAGCAUCUAUUUGGAGAGUAAGAGGGACGCCUUCUCCCCCGUGCUGCUGCAGUUCUGCACAGAUCCCAAGAACCCCGUUACUGUCAUUAGAGGUCUGGCUGGAUCUCUGCGACUCAACCUGGGGCUGUUCUCCACCAAGUCGCUGGUAGAAGCCAAUGCAGAGCAGGCCGUGGAGGUCAGGACUCAGGUUCAGCAGCCUGCUGAUGAGAACUGGGACCCGAGUGGGACAGGCCAGACAUGGCCUUGUGAGAGCAGCCGCUCCCACACAACGAUUGCCAAGUAUGCCCAGUACCAGGCCUCCAGCUUCCAGGAGAGCCUGCAGGAGGAGAAAGGCAGUGAUGAUGAAGAGGAUGAUGAUGAUGAUAAGGAGAAAAAGCCAUCCUGCAGUCCUGAUGCUUCAAUAAAGGAGAGUUUAAAAGACAGUAGCAGCACGGAGCAGAAGCCCGUGGGAAAGAUCAUCAAGUUUGGUACCAACAUCGACCUCUCAGAUCCCAAGAGAUGGAAGCCUCAGCUCCAGGAGCUGCAGAAGCUGCCAGCGUUCAUGCGAGUGGCGUCCAGUGGGAACAUGCUCAGCCACGUGGGUCACACCAUUCUAGGCAUGAACACGGUUCAGCUCUACAUGAAGGUCCCAGGGAGCCGGACGCCAGGUCAUCAGGAGAACAACAACUUCUGCUCCGUGAACAUCAACAUCGGCCCCGGCGACUGCGAAUGGUUCUCUGUUCAUGAGAAUUACUGGCACGCCAUCAACGACUUCUGUGAAAAGCAUGGAGUGGAUUACCUGACAGGUUCCUGGUGGCCCGUGUUGGAGGACCUCUACAGAGCCAACAUCCCCGUGUACCGCUUCAUCCAGCGGCCAGGAGACCUGGUGUGGAUCAACGCAGGCACCGUGCACUGGGUCCAGGCCGUCGGCUGGUGUAACAACAUUGCCUGGAAUGUGGGACCGCUCAACGCUUACCAGUAUCAGCUAGCUCUGGAGAGGUUUGAGUGGAACGAGGUCAAGAAGGUCAAAUCCAUUGUACCCAUGAUUCAUGUGUCCUGGAACGUUGCACGCACUCUGAAGAUCACGGACCCGGACACCUAUAAGAUGAUAAAACACUGCCUGCUACAGUCCAUGAAGCACAUCCAGAUCCUCCGUGACCAGCUGGUGGCUGAUGGCAGGAAAAUCUCCUAUCAGAGUCGAGUCAAGGACGAGCCUGCGUAUUACUGCAACGAGUGUGAUGUGGAGGUGUUUAAUCUGUUGUUUGUGACGAGUGAGAACAGCAGCAGGAAGACGUACGUGGUUCACUGUGAGGACUGCGCCCGUCAGCGUAGCCCCAACCUGACCAACGUGGUGGUGCUGGAGCAGUACCGUAUAGAGGAGCUUAUGAACAUCUAUGACUCUUUCAGCCUGGCCUCUUCCUCCCGAUGACGGCGCUCUCCCCCUGCAGCUCCUCAGCCAUAACCAAAUCUCCUGCAGCCCAGGGCAAAGACUCAGCUUUGGUUCCAGCGUCAUCCACUCUCUGCUACUGUUGCUGUCCAGCCAGUUGAAUACGUUUACUCAUCAUAACUGUUUACAAAGAGCCAAGCCACCAAUCACUCACCAGUUUACUCUCAGAUGGUGCUUUCCACCCUGGAGACCAGGGGGCAGUCGGUGCUGCCAUUGACUAACAUGGAGUUUAGGGCGUCAAUGGCUUAUUUUCUAAGUUCCAGAGAGAAUUUCUUUCUGUCGUCAUGGAUACUGAAACUUGUACAUGCUGUUUGCAAUUUUUGUGGGGUGCUGUCUUUAAAGAUUAAUUUAUUGUUUUGUUUUUAAGCCUAGAUAUAUACCACAUUGGCCUUGUAUUUAGAACAGAAAGGAAAUAAAAAAAUACUAAUAAUAGAGUUAUGAACAUUUUUCUAAAGCAUUAAGAAUUUAAAAAAUACAAAUGUUUGGAAUGCUUCAAAAACAUACGGGUUUAAUGACUGGUGGUUUAUUUUUGGGUGGUGGGGGGGUGAGCUUUCAUUUUGUCUUAUGUGUUGUAAAUUUUGUGUUUGUUUGAAUUUUACAUUUUUCAUCUGGAGAUUAAUAUUCAGUUAUCAGGUUUUUUUGUCAUUUCUUCCUUCUGAAUGAAAUCUUCAAAAAAGAAAAAAAGCUUGUACUCUGGUGUGUUCCAUACCUCUGAUUGUUUUCUGUUCCAGUAUGCAGACUUAGUAUUUGGGGUCGGGGGGUUUGUUUGUACAUUUAAUUUAAACGUGUUUCCUCUAUUUAUUGGAUAUCAAUGUUUUCCCUUUUUUGAUAGGGUUGUACAAGUUUUUCUUUUGUUUGUUAAAGUGACCGAAAGCUCUGUCAGACCUGAACAGUGGAGGUGGAGGCUGCCUUUUCCUCCCUAUAUAUAAAUGAAAUGUUUAUCCACCUUUCCUGUAGACCAUAGGCACACCGCUCACGUAGAGAAGAGGACUAACGGAAUGCUGUUUUUGUAUGCUCAUUAAGAAAAAACAACCUUUUCCAAAGUGUUUUGAGAAAUGGUAAUUUUUUAUUCUGUAGGGAGCUUUUAGAUGAGAUUUUAAUGAUUUUUAUUAUAUCUGUUGAAUAUGAUAAUGAGAUAGAUGGUGCUAAAUGUUCAGUUUGAACAACCUUUUUUCUCUUUGUUUUCUUAAAAUGAAAAUUCUAUUUUUCCUGUUGCAAUAUUACCCUACCCCUUUCCUUCUCUUUGUGGUCAUCUAUUUAUAACUGCACUGUUUAGAGAAUUCACAUACACACACACCAAACUGAGCCAGACAUGUCUUAAACACUUGUGAAUUUGUGACUAUUAAUAAUAAACACAUUUUGAUAAAUCCA